AAAACAAAACAAGAAUCAAGAAUCCCCGAUCCCCACAAAACCAGGGCGGCCGAGUGCAAAAAUGUGAAUUUGGGAUGGGUUCUUCUGCCCUCGUUAGGCCAGAGAGAAGAUAGACGGAGGCGUUCGCAUUAUGGUCAGUAGGCCAAGGGCUAAAUAAUGUAAAUUUAAAUCGGCAAAGUCAAGGUCUUGCAAAAAACAAAUGGCAAAAUUGACCUUUCCAUUGAAACGUCGUGAUGAGUUUAUGGAUGAAAAACGUAAAUUUGAUGGCUUCUGAGGGAAAUCUGCAGCAAGGGAAAAUGAAGUUUUUCCGGCAACAUGGAGGUGCCCUGUCUUGCUACCUACUGCUCGUACUCUGGAUUUUCCUGCUGCUCGCUGCCAUGUAUCGAUUCAUGUCUCGUGAGCCGUCCGUGCAAGUGGUGCCACAGUCAGAGCGGCAGCAGCCGGCAGACGAGCUGGGUGCCAACGCUGAAAGGGUCAGGCGCUUCUGCAAUGAACGUUUUGACGACGGAGCCGAAGGUCAUGUUGGUGGCGAAUUUGUGCUACUUGGGGCCACUGUUAUUUUCCGCCAUGGCCUUCGAGGGCCUCUAGUCCAUCUUCGCAACUCCUCUGCUGUGAAAUGCAACGACCCACCACCUACACCACCAUUUUGGGCCAAUGCUUCAAAAACGCCUGGUUUUACUCAGAUGCUUGGCCCAUUUCACUCUUUCCCUCUGGCACCAACUGAGUGUGCCGGCUUAGGCCAGCUGACCCCUCAGGGCGCUGAACAGCUCCAACGCCUCGGAUCCGCCCUUCGCACAGCUUACUCUGAGCGAUUGGCCUUAAGUGACUCAACCCGCGGUUCUGCAGUCUCUGUUUUUGCCACACGAUAUCGAAGGACUUUCCAAAGUGCAAUAGCCCUACUGCACGGCCUGCUUGCGCCCCUGCCGCUCCCUCGCCAUGUGCAACCCUUCCAGGAGGCACCCUCUGUAUUUUUCUGCUUCUCUGACUGUGCAUGUGCAGCUGCAGAAAGACUUCGCAAGGCUCUCGACGCGGAGGCAGCCGUGGCUCUACGUUCUCACCCUGCUGUUACAAAAUUGGCCGCUGCUGCGGCACCAUUCGAAGGUACAGCAACGCCCAAGGCAGUUCUAGACGCGCUGUUGGUGACCUCAUGCCACGGGUCACCAAGCGCCGCUGCAGCCCCCCUGGCCGCAUACCUGGAGUGGGAGGCUCGUCGACUGGCGCCGCGCUUCCGGCCUUUGGCCCUAUUACGAGCACACCCCCUGCUGCGUCACGUCGGAGCACAACUGUUGCGUUUUGUGGCCGCACCGACUCCACGACUUGUACUCUACGCAGGCCAUGACCGCACCUUGGAGCAUGUGGCCGCUGCACUUGGCCUUGGGGGUGUUGAUGCUGCCCUCCCGCCCUUUGCUGCUCGCCUCGUUGUUGAACUUUAUAGAAAAGGACUGGGUGCUGACUUUUUCUUCCGGCUGCUGCUGAAUGGUCGUGAUGUGACUUCAUCCCUUUCUUUCUGUCGGAGCGGUCUGGUGCCAUACGAAGGUGUGUGGGGUUCUGAGGGUAACCGUGUGGGUGUCACGGCCUCACUCUGUCCCCUAGAGUCCAUUGUGCGUUUCCUUCACGAUGACUACUUUGCACCAUUCAACGCAACCAACGCCAAGGAUGCCUGCAGCAUGCACUUUUGAAUUUAAAGGCAUUUUCCCCCAUCCACAACUUGAAACGAAUCAAUUUAUUUUUGAAAUAUUUUUAUUUCUUCAUAAUUUUUCCAAGGUAACCUUUAUUAAAAUUCUAAGUAAGCUCUCUAUUAAAUUUGUGAUUUGCUAAUUCAUUGUGAUAUUGUUUGUUUCUCACAUUUUUAGAUUAAUGAUCCUUCCUGAUGUUAUGUACUUGGAUCUUGGAUCAUUACAAUUCAUAUUUGUGAAUUAUGUAUUAUAGUUAACAAAUAGGUUAUUUAAAGUUCGAAGAUCUGCAUUCUGCAUUUAUAUAAAUAUGCUGCAUUUUCAAACUAAAUACGUUCCUUUAACUUUUUUAACUUGUUCCACUUUAAAUAUUUUUCUGUGAUUAUAUUUUUAUUCUCCAGGAAAUUGUUAAACAUGUUCUUAAACUAAAAGAAGUCUAUUGUAAUACUAAGCAAGAUAUUGUAUUGGAAUUGUCAAACGCGCUUUUAAAAAGUCUGAAUGCCCUCAAAGGUUAAAUCUGUUUUUAAAACAGCAGUGCGUUUUGUGUCAUAAAAACAUGAGUAACGAAUAUUUGAUUAAUAUAAGGAAUAUGUAUAGCUAUUAUUAUAUUAUAAGUUUUAAUUUUAAUGCCGCUAAUCUCAAUUGAAUAAAAAUCGUUAAUGUUCCUUCAAAUUUUUUUUGAUAAAUAAAGUACACCUAUUGUUUUUUGCGCAAUCUUUAAAAUUUUGCGAGAGAAAAAUAAACUGA